AUGAGGAGUGAUAAUGAGAGCACUGUGUCUGAGUUCAUCCUCCUGGGGCUCCCCAUUCGAGCAGAGGACCAAGGCCUGUACUCUGUCCUGUUCCUGGCCAUGUACCUGACAACUGUGCUGGGGAACCUGCUCAUCAUCCUACUCAUCAGGCUGGACUCUCACCUCCACACCCCCAUGUACUUCUUCCUCAGCCACUUGGCCUUCACAGACAUUUCUUUCUCAUCAGUCACAGCUCCAAAGAUGCUCAUGAAUAUGCUGACACACAGUCAAUCCAUCUCAUACGCUGGGUGUGUUUCCCAGGUAUACUUUUUUUCAACUUUUACUGAUCUUGACAGUUUUCUUCUGACCUCCAUGGCCUAUGACAGGUAUGUGGCCAUCUGCCACCCUCUGCACUAUAACACCAUCAUGAGUCAGAACCUCUGCGUCCUUUUAGUAGUAAUGUCCUGGGCCUUAUCCUCUGCCAAUGCCCUUGUGCACACCCUUCUCUUGGCUCGCCUAUCUCAUUUUAGAAAUAAUACCAUUCCCCACUACUUCUGUGAACCCUCUGCCUUAUUGAGCCUGUCGAGCUCAGACACCACCAUCAAUGAGAUGGUCAUCCUUCCUUUAGGUACUCUAGUCAUUACCCUGCCAUUCAUAUGCAUCCUGGUCUCUUAUGGCCGAAUUGGAGUCACCAUUCUAAGAACUCCAUCCAUCAAGGGAAUCUGCAAAGCCUUGUCCACAUGUGGUUCUCACCUCUCCGUUGUUUGUCUGUACUAUGGAGCUAUUAUUGGGCUUUACCUAGUCCCCUCAUCUAAUAACACCAAUGACAAGGAUGUCAUUGUGGCUGUGAUAUAUAGUCUGGUCACACCUAUGGUGAAUCCCUUUAUCUAUAGUCUGAGGAAUCGGGAUAUAAAAGGAGCAUUGAGAAAUAUUCUCAACAGGAGACUGUGUCCACAGUGGUAA